AUGGACGAAUUGAAAACAAUGAUACGAGCAUUAGCCAUAUCCAAUGCCGCAAGCGGUAUUACUGUAACACAGUUGAACAAGGACUUUAAAAACCUGGAGGGGUAUGCAAUUCCGUACAGCAAGUUUGGAUUCCAAUCGCUCGAUGGAAUGCUGAGAACCAUGACUGACGCUAUCCGGGUCAACGGAUAUGGCCCAAUGGCUGAAAUUCAACCACUUAACAAUGAAAAAUCCCAACAUGUUCGGGAAAUGGUUAAAAUGAGUAAACCAAUUAAGAAAAAGCCUUCAGCUCGUUAUCGCUCCCCUCAAACUAAUUUCCGGAACAACUUUUAUUAUGAUCACUAUUCGUCCCAUCUUGAUGAUUACGACGAAAACGGAUACAAUGACAAGCAAGCUAAUACGAGCGCUAGGUAUACCAAUGCAAUACCAAAUAACAAUGUGCAAAAGCAACAACAACUCAAUGUUCAAUGGUACGAUAAUCUACGUAAAGAUGAGCUACCAAAAACCCCCAUUCAGGCAGAAAAAAGCGUUACCUCCCCUGGGGUUAAACCUCCAGACACAAAUAAUCAACGAGAGAAGACGCCUGACAAAAUAAUAAAUCCCCUGGCCGUGGAUGCGCACAAGCGGACUAAUCGCGCGAUCGACGCGGUAAGCGAUAAAACACUGAUAGAGAAAAUGAAUGGAAGUGUGUGUAAACCGACGAAUAUUACCAUGCCUGAAGGCGUAAUGACUACAAAGGAAAAGAUUGUUGAAAACGCACUUGCCGUAUACGUGAAACCAAAUGCAACCGUCCGGGUGGUGAUCACUGCGAUCCUCAAUCCCAGGCACAUAUUUGUACAUUUCAAGGAACACACCGACACGCUACUUAACCUAGUGCCACACAUUGAUAAGAUCUACAAUGCAAAGCUGACAGCAUACGAGUGGCUUAUACCGGAAAAGAUGAUUGAGGUGGGCUUAUACUGUGCCGCCCAAUACCACGGCCAAUGGUAUCGUGCGCAGGUGAUGGGUCCUGUUAACUUUCAACGUGCUCUGCUGCUAUACAUCGAUUACGGCUACCUGAGAUAUGUACCAUUAAAGGAAAUGAGAUUUUUGGCAAGAGAAUUAGCUUUCAUACCGCCCCAAACCAUACGCGUAGCGCUGAAAUAUUUAAAACCAUCGAACGGAACUUGGAGCAGCGAAUGCUGUACACACCUGGCCAAUUUGGUGCAUCGCAAAGUGUUUCAAAUGCAUGUUAUCGAUGUUCAUGUAAAGGAAAAUCUGCUGGACGUUAUUCUUACCAAUUCCGCACACGGUUCCAUAGACUCGUUUGUGCAUACAAGGGACGACAGUAAUCUGAACAGACAGCUGGCAAUGCGAAGUGAUAUUGUAUGGUCAGCAGAUUAA